ACGGACCAGACUGCACCAUGACUGCACCCAGCAACACCUACGAUGUGAUAGUGGUCGGAGGAGGAAUAUCUGGUUUGAGUGCAGCGAAGCUGUUGAAAGCCAAUGGAUUGAGCCCUGUGGUCCUGGAGGCCAGGGAUCGGGUCGGUGGUCGGACCUUCACUGUGCGGAAUAAGGAGACCAAGUGGGUUGACCUGGGCGGAGCUUACAUCGGACCAACUCAGAACCGCAUCCUCCGAUUGGCCAAAGAGUACGGCAUUCAGACCUACAAAGUCAACGAGCAGGAGAGUCUGGUGCAUUAUGUCAAUGGAAAGUCUUACCCGUUCAAAGGCUCCUUCCCUCCCAUGUGGAACCCCAUCGUGUUGUUGGACUUCAACAACCUGUGGAGGACAAUGGACGAGAUGGGCAAGGAGAUUCCCAGAGAGGCUCCCUGGAAAGCUCCCCAUGCUGAGGAGUGGGACAAGAUGACCAUGCAGGAGCUGUUUAAGAAAAUCUGCUGGACCAAAACCGCUUGCCACUUCGCCACGCUGUUUGUCAACGUGAACGUGACCUCUGAACCCCACGAGGUGUCGGCCCUGUGGUUCCUCUGGUACGUGAAGCAGUGCGGAGGAACCAUGAGGAUCUUCUCCACCACCAACGGAGGACAGGAGAGGAAGUUUGCAGGCGGCUCCAGUCAGAUCAGCGAGUGCAUGGCCAGAGAGCUGGGAGACCGAGUGAAGCUGGAGUCUCCGGUCUACAGGAUCGACCAGAGCAGAGACAUGGUGGUGGUGGAGACGCUGGACAAGCAGACCUACACAGCCAAGUACGUGAUCGUGGCCACGCCUCCCAGUCUGAACCUGAAGAUGCACUUUAACCCCGAGCUGCCUCCGCUGAGGAACCAGCUGAUCAGCCGCGUCCCCAUGGGCUCCGUCAUCAAGUGCAUGGUCUACUACAAGGAGAACUUCUGGAGGAAAAAGGGUUACUGUGGCACUAUGGUGAUCGAAGAGGAAGGCGCUCCCAUCAGCCUGACACUGGAUGACACAAAGCCUGAUGGGGACAUACCCGCCAUUAUGGGAUUCAUCCUUGCCCGCAAGUGCAGAAAGCUAUCGGGGCUGACCAAAGAGGAGAGGUUGAAGAAGAUCUGCGAGAUCUACUCCAGAGUGCUGGGCUCAGACAAGGCUCUGCAUCCGGUGCACUACGAGGAGAAGAACUGGUGUGAAGAGGAGUACUCUGGGGGCUGCUACACGGCCUACUACCCCCCAGGAAUCCUCACCCAGUACGGCAAGGUGCUGAGGGAGCCAAUCGGCAAGUUGUACUUUGCAGGCACAGAGACGGCCACAGAAUGGAGCGGCUACAUGGAGGGGGCGGUGCAGGCCGGAGAGAGAGCAGCCAGAGAGGUCAUGUGUGCAAUGAAUUUAAUCCCCCAGAGUCAGAUCUGGAAGGCGGAGCCUGAGUCUGUGGAAGUCCCAGCGCUCCCCUUUGUCACCAACUUCUGGGAGAGAAACAUGCCUUCAGUCAGCGGUCUCAUCAAGCUCGUUGGUAUCUCCGCCUUCCUGUCCGUUGGCGCUGCAGCCGGCGUGGUGGCCUACAAGAAGGGCCUCCUGCCCCGGAGUUAAACCUCAUCCCACUCCUCUGCAUCUCUCCCAUAGACACUCCUGUACUUCUAGUGCACUACUUUACAGCUCAAACUUUAAAAGUAGUUAACUGCAUCGAGUAUAGGAUGUUUUAAGAAACACUGGUCACACAAAAACACUAAUGCACCGACGCUCUGUGCACUGUCUGUUCACAAAAGAAAGAGAGAGUGAGACAAAGUAAUGUGCUGAUUAGAAGUUAAGAAAUGCAAGUGUGAGAGGAGAGAAGAAGAAAUCACUUCAGUUUAAAUCUACUGUUAAUCUGAGAUUCAGAUUUUGUGAAACCAAUGAAGGAAAAAGAGCAGAAUCAAUUUUAAAAAGGAAAUAUAUAUGACUAUAUAUAUAUAUAUAUAUAUAUAAAUAUAUCACGAUGAAUAUUCCAUACAUUGCCAAUGACAUUCACGUCCUUGAUUACAUGUGAGUUCACUAACUCUUCAUGCUUUCUGUGUGUGUAUGAGCUGUGUUUGUAUGCAUGCACACAUGCUUUGGUGAGCAUGCAUUUGCAAGUGUGAGUUUGUCAGUUGUGUACAAACUGUGUGUGGAUGUGUGUGUGUGUGUGUGUGUCCGCUGUGUCUAAUUACCUCUGCUGGUUAUAGGUGCUAAUUUAUUCUGGCCAAGCAGCUGUAGCUGUUUGUUAAUUUCCAGUAACAUCAGAAUAGAAUCGAGUGUUUGCCCGUUAUAAAAUCACAUAGAAGGUUUAAGGAUAAAGAUGGUGAUAUUCUGUAUUUUUCUUUUUGUCAACCAAUCCUAUCAAUACUUUUAUUGUUUAUUUUUAUUAAGUGUGUCUGUGUAUCCCAAGCCUGAUAAAUCUUCUUCAUCUGUGCCUCGGAGCUGAGUUGUUGUCCAAAAACUACUUUUAAAAACACACAUAAAUGACCACCCACAAAUACUCCAUAAUAACCUAAACCUGUACUAGUGUUAUGUACUCCCCAUCUACACUGCAUAGUUGGUUUAAGCUUUUCAGGCUGUGUUUUUAUGCGUUUAUUUAAAAAAGCUCACAUUCUGGCCGCUCUCAGAAAACUCACCAGGAGAGGAGAGAAACCGCAGAAAAAAUAACAGAGAGUUUUCUCUCUGUAAUGUUUCCUGCAGUUUAUCUCCUUUAAAUCUCUUUUCCCCUGUGCAGUUAUGAAGUGGAGUCGUACCGCCCCGGGAUGAAUUCAAGUCUUUUGCUCAAAUUGAAACAUUUUCAACUCCUCUGAACGCAUAAAGCCAAGUCCAUUUUAUUUCUAUAUCCAAGAAUCAUAAAUUUGCCCUUAAGGCAUUACAAUUUGUACGGCAUAUGAGAACCUUCACUAGUUCAUUUUAAAUGAAUCCCUCAUUUUACUCUCUAACCCACCAAAUGCACGACUGAAAAUAGUCCCAAUGCACUUUUCACUCCUGUUUGAUUGUGUUUCCACAUUUGCUAAUCUUCAGUAGGAACCAACUAGGGGCUAACAGGAUAGAGAAGUUAGAAAGUAUUGAGAAACAGAAUAAUAAAUUGUUAGUUUCCAUGGGAUUUGUUGACAGCGAGAAAAAGAGGAAGAUAAACGCACUAAAAGCCUUGUCCUUUCAUUUCAACUUUUAUUUAGGGGUAAUGUAGUUCUACCAAGCUGCUCUGAUAUAUUUUGGUAAAUGUAAUGGAGGCUUUCGAAUGUAUUUUCUUCAAAUUACAUAACACAAGCUAUUAAAUAUUUUUUACUUUUUCUCAUUCAUACUUGCAGUAACACAAUGGGAGGUGUUGUAACUAACUUAACAGCACAUCCAAGUGUUUGAAAUGAAAUUAUUGGAAGCUGUUUUUAGAGACCUGCAGUUCCUCUGUGAAGGCCUCCAACAACAACAGAGUGUGACUUACAUUAUUUCACUAAUCACAUGAUUAGUUUGAAUCAUGAAAGAUGUAUCGUAUGUGUUGCAAGUGCAUUUUUGAAUUGUUAAAGAGCACAGAAAAUUCUUGGUGAAAUAAAUUUAAGAAAACAUGAUCAUGCAGACAUUUGUAGACACUGAAUUCUUGCAUCACAAUUUACACACAACAGACUAUUUGCAGUGAAAAGUAAUUGUUGGCCACAUUGCAAGCACUUCAACAGCAAUCCAAGAUGAGUUGCGCUUUUUUUGGGGGGGGGGGCUUUUUGAUUAUCAUUUGUCAGAGUGGGAGACGUGUUUUUGUUUGUUUUUUCUUCUUCGGAAAUUAAGAUUUUGGAGGUAGAUGUGAAGAAAAACCACAUGAUUGACUGAGAGACUGUUCUCGUCCCAAAGACCGGUAUGUGUGUGCGUGUGUGUGUGUGUGUGUGUGUGUGUGUGUGUGUGUGUGUGUGUGUGUGUGAGUCUAGUUAUCUGUCGUGCCUUAAUGGAAGUCAUAGUGUUUUUUGUCAUUUCUCUCAAGUGCCUGUGUGACUCUCUGUGCUGGAGAUUAGAGUUCAGAUUGACCAAUGGUCGUAGGUUUAUCAUCAGUAACCAUGGAUACACAGGGACGAGCAAAAACCACCCCCAAUGUCCCCGUUUGUCCUCAUGUCCAAAAAACCUUUCAUGUCGUAGCAUCCCCUGUGUUUACCUGAGUUACGUCCUCAGUAUAAACCUGACUCAGGAGGGGAAACGCAGCGUCAGACCUGAAUAAUGGAGCUCAGACUGUUGGGUUGAUCAAACUGCUCAUCUCCAGUGAAGCCAAGUCUGUUUGUGUGUUUUGUAUUGUGAUUGCAGUGCUUCACUAUGUGUGUGUCUCUUCCCCCCCCCCUCCCUUUUUCCCCCAGCACAUGCACAUGCAAUGCUCUCACAUUUGAAGCAUUUUCUUCUAAAAAUGUUUCUGACUUCAGUGAUCAAACACAGCCAGCACACUACCCCAGUCCGUCCUUCCCAAACUACAGAACACUACCUGCACCAUCAGCAGUCACGAUGUAUCUGAUCCGUCUUCAGUUCUGCUCCGGAGACCCGAGACUGUUUCCUCCUCCGUCCCUCUUUGUCCCUCCGUGCAUAUGAGACUCUUCCUGUGACCCCUUCUUUGAUGUCUUUGAUUCCUCAAACAAAGCUGGUGAUAUUUAAAAGGAAAAAAAAUGUGAAAUAAAUCUUUUACUCGUCUUGAA